GCGCUGUGCGGAAUUGGCUGGUUGGCUUCUCCAGCCUUUCGCGGUGCUCGCCCGCAGCCGCCGAGACACCUGCUCGCUCCACCCGUCUGAGUGCUGGGAUUCCCGCCGCGCUCGCGGCUUCGCGGGGCGGGAGAAGGGCUGGCCGUGCAGUUUCUAGCCUCAACGGGGCCCCGCGUGGCGCCGUUGAGCUGUCGCCGGGUGACAUGAGCGCGGCCGCGGCGACCGGGGCUCCCCUGCCCCGGCUCUGCUGCCUGGAGAAGGGUCCGAACGGUUAUGGCUUCCACCUGCACGGGGAGAAGGGCAAGGCGGGCCAGUUCAUCCGUCUGGUGGAGCCUGGCUCGCCGGCCGAGAAGUCGGGGCUGCUGGCCGGGGACCGACUGGUGGAGGUGAACGGCGAGAACGUGGAGAAGGAGACCCACCAACAGGUGGUGAACCGCAUCCGCGCCUCGCUCAAUGCCGUGCGCCUACUGGUGGUCGACCCCGACGUGGACGAGCAGCUGCAGAAGCUGGGUGUCACGGUGCGCGAGGAGCUGCUGCGCGCCCAGGUGGGGUCCGGGCCAGCCGAGCUGCAGGCCGCCACCGAGGCGCAGGGGGAUGGCGGCGAGAGCGAGCCGCGCGAGGCCGAGAAGAGCCAAGCGGAGCGGCGUGAGCUGCGGCCACGGCUCUGUGCCAUGAAGAAGGGCCCCAAUGGCUACGGCUUCAACCUGCACAGUGACAAGUCUAAGCCUGGCCAGUUCAUCCGGGCGGUGGACCCAGAUUCACCAGCUGAGGCCUCAGGGCUCCGGGCCCAGGACCGCAUCGUGGAGGUGAACGGGGUCUGCAUGGAGGGCAAGCAACAUGGGGAUGUGGUGUCUGCCAUCAAGGCUGGCGGGGACGAGACCAAGCUGCUGGUGGUGGACAGGGAAACCGACGAGUUCUUCAAGAAGUGCAAAGUGAUCCCAUCUCAGGAGCACCUGGAUGGUCCCUUGCCUGAGCCCUUUAUCAAUGGGGAGAUACAGAAGGAGAACAGUCAGGAAGCCCCGGCUGAGGAGGCAGCCCCAGAGAGCCCCUGGCCAGCCCUGGGGAGAACCACCUCCAGUGACACCAGUGAGGAGUUGAAUUCCCAGGACAGCCCCAAGAAACAGGACUCCGCAGUGCCCUCCUCUGCCUCCUCCUCCUCUGACCCCAUCCUGGACUUCAACAUCUCUCUGGCCGUGGCCAAGGAGAGGGCACAUCAGAAACGCAGCAGCAAGCAGGCCCCGCAGAUGGACUGGAACAAGAAAAACGAACUCUUCAGUAACUUCUGAGCACCCUCUGCCAGCCACCCGGGAUGGGGGAAGGGCUGAGCCAGACCCACCCCCCAGACUGUCUCCCCUUCCUCCUCCCCAUUCACCCCUGAAUCGACGUUUGAAUCAGCACCAGCAUCUCCUUUCUUGGUGAACCUGAUUUUUCUAGAGAACUACAUUCUUCCCUUAUGUUAGGAGAGGCAAAUGGUUUUCUGUCCUGCCCCAAUCAGAAACAGACUCUGCCCCCCACUCCGACUGCUUCAUCCCACCUGGUGACCCCGUGACACCCUGCCUGGGGCCACCACUGCGACCUGCACCAAGCAAGGACUGUGGGACCAGGGGAAAGGAGGUUCUCCCUCACAGCCCCAUUGGUGACAGGGUCUGGGGCUGAUUAAGGAACUCUGAUCACAGCACCCACUGCUCCAGGGGAAGGGGCAUCUGAUAGCCUGAGAGCCAUGAUUUGGGCACCUUAUUUUUAUUCACUUGAUUAUUGUUAUUUUUUAAGAGUGCAGUACCAGAGUCGAGGGAUUUUUGCUUCCUUGAUUAACAUGCUUUUUCCUGGUUGUUGUAAUCCAGGGCAUAUAGCAGUGGCCUCAGCCUUCAACUCAUGUGUUUCUACUCCCACCCCCGGAGACCCAGGCAGCAAGGGGAGGGCUUGGCUACCCCUGCCCAGCCCAGAGCCAGGCACCAUUGUAAGGAAACUCCAGUAGAAAUUCAAAUGGUUCCUCCAAAGCAC